UUCGAAACGACAUCCAGACCCGCAAAAUUAUUCCACGUCUUGUUGGAACACAACAAAAAAAGACCCUCCCACCAAACUAAACAUCUCCCAAGAACCCUUCCCUCUCCAUCUAGUUUCUUUGUUCCUUGUGGAAGCAGCAACAGUCUCUUCACUCAGGUUCUUUUCGAUUCCAUUGCCCGGUGUUUACAAACGUUUUGCUUCUUAUUUUAUCCUGGUCUGGUCAAUAAUCACAACCAAUCAUGUCCACUACCGUCACUCAGCGGCCGGGCGCCGUUGGCCGCGCUGAAGCCAAGUCUCAGCCCAAGGAGCAGCAAUUUCCAGACAUCAACACCCUCAGAAAUGCUAUUCCCGCACACUGCUUUGAGGCAUCUCUGGUGACCUCAGUGGGUUACUUGGUGCGAGAUGUCGCUCUCAUCACCGCUCUCGGCUGGGCCGCCUUGACCUACAUUCCCCAGAUCCCGGAUUCGACUCUGCGUUGGACCGCCUGGGCUGCUUACGGCUUUGUCCAGGGCCUCUUUGGCACUGGUCUCUGGAUUCUGGCCCACGAGUGUGGCCACGGUGCCUUCAGCAAGCACACUCGCAUCAACAACAUUCUUGGUUGGGCCGCCCAUUCGGCCCUGCUGGUGCCCUACUUCAGCUGGAAGUUCUCCCACCACCGCCACCACAACUUCACCGGCCACAUGGAGAAGGAUAUGGCAUUUGUGCCCGCCCUGGCCGCCGACCGCGAGGCCCGCGCCAGCUUGCUCUCCCGCUUCGGCAUCGACCUCGAGGUCUUUGAGGACACUCCCAUCUUCCAGCUGGCUCGCCUGGUCAGCCACCAGCUCUUCGGCUGGCAGACUUACCUGCUCUUCAACGCCACCUGCGGCAAGCAAUCUCUGCAGAACAAGGGUGCCGCGUGGUUCCGUCAGAGCCACUUUGAGCCCACCUCGGCCGUCUUCCGCCCCAGUGAGGCCCUCUACAUUGCCAUCUCGGACAUUGGCCUCGCCAUAGUCGCCGCCGCCAUCUACUGGGGCUCCACCAAGGUCGGCGCCGGCACCAUGUUCCUCCUGUACGCCGUUCCCUACCUCUGGGUUCACCACUGGCUCGUCGCCAUCACCUACCUUCACCACACCAACAAGGAGGUGCACCACUACGAGGCCGACAGCUGGACCUUUGUCAAGGGUGCCGUCGCCACCGUCGACCGUGACUUUGGUUUCAUUGACCGCCACCUGUUCCACGGCAUCAUUGGAACCCACGUCGCUCACCAUCUGUUCCCGCGUAUCCCCUUUUACAAGGCAGAGGAGGCCACUGAGGCGAUCAAGCCCGUCCUUGGAGACCUUUACCACAGCGACAACCGCCCCUUCAUGCAGGCUCUUUGGAACAACUUCACCACCUGCAAGUACGUCGAGAAGGACCCCAAGGUUCCCGGCGCCAUGAGGUGGGCCGAUUGAGUCGUCUCAUAUCGUGGUCCAUCUUAGUUGUUUGGACUAUGGUAAGGAGACAUGACACGUGCUAGCUGCUACUUUGAGUCGAGCUCUCUUUGCAUGGAUAUGACACAGUAACAAGCCGUCACGUCAUCUUUUUUUUCGGACAGCUUUUCCUUUGGCGGUGACAUAGAAAUAGAAAGGCAGGCCAUGCCUAUGAGCGGGCUCUAUACUUAUCUUUCGUCCGAAAAAGAAGGGAAAGAAAUGAAAGAAGGAAAAGGAAUAGAUCGGGUGGGGAAACCGUUUAGACCGUUAGACAGGGAUAUACAGAAUAAAAAGAGCAAAUAUUGAUGA